GUCCAUAGGUAUGAGCCCAUUUGAAGUUGUUCAUGGUUAUACACCUAGGAGACCUUUAGACCUUCUCCCAAUGUCCUCACAUGAUAGGGUUUCUGUGUCUGCGGUAGAGUUUGCUAGUCACAUGCAUGAGCUGCAUAAAGAGAUCAACAAACGAAUUCAUGCUAGUAAUCUUAAGUAUAAGACUCAGGCUGAUUUACAUCGAUGUCAUUUAGACUUUGAUGUAGGAGAUUAUGUUAUGAUUCGUAUCAGGCCUGAACGGUAUCCUUCAGGAACCGUUAAGAAACUGCAGGUCCGCAGUGCUGGCCCAUUCAAGGUAUUAAAGAAACUUGGACCUAAUGCUUAUGUGAUUGAUAUACCUUCAGAUUAUGGUAUUAGUUCUACUUUUAAUAUUGCUGAUUUACUUGCUUUCAAAGGUCCAGCAGUUAUUCCCUAUGACCCUUUUGAUGAUCCUCUCUCUUCUUCUUUGGCUAAUCCUGUCCCUAGCCCUACACCAUCUUGUUUCCAAAAGGCACAUAGAGAUAUUAUUGAUGUUAUUUUGGAUGAGCAGUCUCUUUUCACUAGGGAUGGAACAGUUCAGCGCUUCUUGGUUCGCUGGCGAGGACGGCCUGAUUCUGACUGUACAUGGAUCACCAGAGAGGAGUUGCAGCAGCUUGAUCCUGCUCUUUUGGAGGCUUACUUGGAUACACUUGCUACCACCUCAUCUCUACCUCCUAUCACUCGCACAUAUGAGCGUCGACGGAGGCGCCAUGCUGAUCCAGUGAGCUUGUGGCUUGAUGGAGUUUGUUCUGAUGUCACUUGAUCCUUAUGAGCUUUACUCGACGGGGUCGAGUUUCUCCCACCCCAGGGGAGUUGGUGCGGACACCA